GCCUUUAUAAGGCCCCGUUCUGGGUCUGGAAUUCCAUAGUUUAGUCUAGACUCUGGAGUUGUUGCAAAAAUGAAGUUUAUGAGUGUAGCGGUGAUUACAAUAAUGCUGAGUCUCCUCGGCCCACGAUUUUCAGUUGAGGCCAAGCCUGAGAUGUGCAAUCAGCAACCCUCUAUGGAUGGCAUGCCCCAGGACUCGGCUGCCUGCAUGGCCUUCAUGCCCACCUGGACCUACGAUGCCUCCAAGAAUGCCUGUUCCGAAUUCAUUUUCGGUGGCUGCGGUGGAAAUUCCAAUCAGUUCUCCUCCAAAAUCGAAUGCGAGAAAGCCUGCAAGGACUAAAUCCAAAAAAAAUAAGACAAACAUUUUUGCCGUCUGGGGCAAAACCCUCACUUAAAUAAAAAACAAUAAACAAAGCUUAAGUAUGAAAACCAAAACAAACAGCCGGCAAGCUUGUUUCGAAAAAAAAAUAAAUAAAUAAAAUAAAUCGCACUAUAAUUUCAA